UGCUUUGAGUUUUUUUUCCUGUGCAUAUGCAAUUUAUUUGAAAAAAAAGAAAGAAGAAUGAUCAUUGAGCUUUUAAGUAAACUAUGGUGUAAUAGUAGUUAUUUCUUUGUAACAUAUGUGAUAUAAGGAUAUGAUUGUAGAUUCUUGGGAAAUUAUAUGGUAGGAAGGGUGAGGAUUGUGAUGGGCACAAAUGUCUUGGAUAAUUAGGGUUUGAGUAAUAAAAAUUAAUCAAGUAAAUAUGUAUUAGACUUUUUAACUUAAUUUAAAUUUAGAAAGAUAAAUACAAAAAUCACUUAUAUUCAGCAAUUUUUUUGCUUUUUAAUACAUUUGAUUUCUAAAGAUGUAAGUAGUUGGGACUUUCAACUCACUGGAAUCAUAUAUAGAGAAAUGGCUUCUCUAUAUAUGAUUUGGGCUUCAUUAGAGUAUUUUUGAUGAACUCUUAAUCAUAAAUUGUUAGAGCCCCCCCAAUCCAUUCAAAUUAGAUACAAAAUAGAACAUAAAUUGUUGUACCACUGAGAUAUGAAUACAUUUCUCCUCUAAUUUGGACAAUGCCACAACACACUCGGAGAUAUUUCGCUGGUUAUUUGGAUUUUGAUGGCCACACAUUUAAGGCAACGCCUCGCUUCCAUCCGUCUCUGGGACCGGGUCGAAUCGAGAGAGACUAAGAAACGGGGGAUCGACCGGGUUCUGCGGCCAAUAGCUCGCAUCGCCCAUCUCCUGACCGGACCGGGCCUGACCUUUUAAUUGGAGCCCGACCGCCCAAACCCCGUCACCGUUGUCCCCUCCGGGAGGUCACCCGACCCCCUCCCGUUCCGUUCUAGAGAUUCUGGAACCUUCUUCGCUCCAAGGAAGCAGGAGGAGGACGUCUGGAUCGCCGACGAUGACAGCCAGCCUCCCGUGAUUUGAUCGGAUGGCACGGGUUAACGCGCAUCGCAGGCUUCUGCCCUCGUCCCCGCCGGUGACGCCGAGGGCUGGGGUCGCCCCGUCGGCGGCGGGCAUCCCGGUGGCCCCCAACCGGAAGCACCCGGUGAUCCUGAAGCAGCCGACGCGUCCGGGGGCGCGGUGCGCGGAGGUGGCCGGGGGCACGGCGGCGGACUGCGUCGCCGUGUGCUGCUUGGGUCCCUGCUUGGUGGUGAACCUCCUGGUGCUGACUGCGGUACGGCUGCCUGCGGUGGCCUGCCGCCGGGCGCUGCGGGCUCGGGAGAAGCGGAGGCAGAGGGCCAGGAAGCGGAAGGAGAAGGCGCUGCUGGGGCCGAAGGCCGGUUUCGGAGGGGACGGGUCUUCCUCCGACGCGCAGGAGGACUCGAACGGAGACGUGGAUGGGCUUCGCCGGGAGGCUGGGCCAUCGCCGGUGGAGUUGGAGAGGGAGAUGUUGGCGCAGUUCCACGGCAUGGGGUUUUGGCGGAGCCCGUCCAACGGCGACCGGGCGCCGACUUAUGAUGACGGCGCCUGUAACGUCAGCCAACGGUGACGGUGUAACGAUUAUUUCGACGGUUUCCGUCUCUGCUUCACUUUGCCGUCAAUGCUCCGUUAGGCUGCAGCGAACUGGGCCAGGUGGUGGUGAUUAUUUAUUAUUCUCUAUCUUUUCAUUGAAGGAUUAAAUGGAUGUAAAAUAUCACAAACAUGGUAUUUAUAUGAUUCGGAUUAAAUGUGCCAAAAAGAAGAUGGAAAUGGGUUUGAUGGUAUUAAUUUUAGUUGAAAAAGUUUAAUUUGAUGAAAUUGUUGGGGAUCA